GAGGCGGGGCGGCCCGGCGGCCCAUAAAGGCGGCGGCGGCGGCGGCGGAGCUCCGGAGCACGAUGUCCCCGCCGGGCUCCCCGCCGCGGCCCCCGCGCCGCCCCGCCGCCGAGAUGCGCAAGACCCUCAAGCCCCUGCUGGAGAAGCGUCGCCGCGCCCGCAUCAACGAGAGCCUCAACCAGCUCAAGGCGCUCAUCCUGCCGCUCGUCGGCAAGGACAGCUCCCGCUACUCCAAGCUGGAGAAGGCGGACAUCCUGGAGAUGACCGUGCAGUUCCUCAAGGAGGUGCCGGCCGCGCCCUCGGUCCCAGAGCCCUCCGAGAGCUUCCGCGCCGGGUACCGCGCCUGCCUGGCCCGCCUGGGCGCCCUGCUGGCCCCCCCGCCGCCGCCCGCUGCCCGCCACUGCCUCCCGGAGCUGCCGACUGCUGCCUGCCCCAAGGCUGCCCCGCCGCCGCCCGCCGCCCCGCUCUGGCGGCCCUGGUAGCGCCCCGUGCAUAGCUGUACAUAGCCCUAUUUAUUUGUACAGACCCCAGGGACCCCCUUUGUACAAAUAAACCUUUUG